GUACUGUUCGAUUUAUUAAAAAAGGCGGGCAACGUGGUAUUCCUCAAACCUGACAUAGAAUGAAUUCUGGCGUAAAAUGUCACUCAUCAUGUCUCGUUGCUUACCAUGAUCUGAAAAUGCUCAAAAAACAUCGUUAUGUUAUGUUUCACAUCGACGAACGGGGAGAUGUCCGCAUUCUGAAAGAAGCUGUGAGAGCGGCAACGUACGAAGAUUUCAGAAACGAUAUGGUUGAAGCAAUGAAGUUAAGAGAUGGUCGAUACGUUAUAUAUGACUAUGAAUAUCCCAAUAAAACUACAGACUUGUUUUUUAUUAUGUGGACCCCGAGGAACUUAACCCUUUCGAAAAAUAUGGUGUAUGCGUCCACGAUGGGCAGUGUAAAGUCUCAGUUCCAAGGGAUCAAACACACCUUGCAAGCACAUGACCUAGAAGAUAUUAGUGAGGAGCGUUUUAUUGAGGUGGGGAAACAGAAUAGACUGUGCUAGGUUAAUGGAAUUUUAAUCUGGAUCAUUUGUACCGAUCGCAUCCCCUAACUGGAUUUUAUUUGUUUUUUUCUAAUUAUGCAACUCAUUCAAUGUAUUUGAUUUUCAGCUUCGGCUCACACUUUGUAUUUCCAUAGUUAUGUGGACGAUCUAUUAAUUGUUUAAUCUUCAGUCGCUUGUCAAUAAAACUUUGGAAGGUGUGUUUUUUAUACUGACUUGCUUAACGAAAUCUAAACUGAAUUCGCAGACAUCCAGUUGAGUCAUUUAUUCUAUAGUUUUCUAGUUAGUCCUCUCUACUAUACUUCAGUUUUUUAAUUCAGGUCAUGAUCAUCUUGAGAUGAUCCGGCAUUAUGUGUAUUGACACUGAGCAUCACUAUCUGAAGUGACCUCGUGGUUAUAGCUC